ACUCCAAACCACAGUUCCCAGCAUGCAGAGUGUCGACGCUGACAUCACUGCCGACGUGUUCGGUUAGUGACAGGAACACAGAAGCAAGAAGAGACAGGGCUGGAGUUUUCCCUAUUAAAAAGCGAUCUAGGAAGUUCGGUGGUUCUGCUAUAUUUGCAGCACAAUGUUGCCGACAACCACCUACUCGCCCCUACACCAGGACAACGGCAGUCGGGACGCCCGGGACGCCGCGCGCCACACGGCGGGCGCUAAGCGCUAUAAGUACCUGCGGCGUCUGUUCCGCUUCCGGCAGAUGGAUUUCGAGUUCGCCGGCUGGCAGAUGCUCUACCUGUUCACCUCCCCGCAGAGGGUCUACCGAAACUUCCACUACAGGAAACAGACCAAGGACCAGUGGGCCCGCGACGACCCCGCCUUCCUGGUUCUUCUCAGCAUAUGGCUGUGCGUGUCCACCGUGGGCUUCGGCUUCGUGCUGGACAUGGGCUUCCUGGAGACGCUGAAGCUGCUGCUCUGGGUGGUGUUCAUUGACUGCGUCGGCGUGGGGCUGCUCAUCUCCACCCUCAUGUGGGUGGUAACGAAUAAAUACCUGAUGAAGCACCCGACUAAGGACUACGAUGUGGAGUGGGGCUACGCCUUUGAUGUGCACCUCAACGCCUUCUACCCCCUGCUGGUCAUCCUGCACUUCCUGCAGCUCUUCUUCAUCAACCACAUAGUGGCCAUAAACUCUGACUGGUUCCUGGGGUACUUUGUGGGGAACACAAUAUGGCUGAUAGCCAUCGGCUACUACGUCUACAUCACCUUCCUGGGCUACAAUGCACUGCCCUUCCUGAAGAACACAGUGGUGCUCCUGUACCCGUUCGCCCUGCUGGCUCUGCUCUACGUCCUCUCGCUCUGCCUGGGCUGGAAUUUCACACGCGGCCUUUGCUGGUUCUACAAGUAUCGCGUGCAGUAGAGGACCGGACCGGACCGGACACCGCGUGCAGUAGAGGGACCGUCGCCCACGGACCGGACCGGACCGAACCGGACUGGACCCUUCCGCAGAACUCUGGCGCUGAGGUCCGCUGGACCGUGCCUGCUGUGUGUUUUUGGAGAGCUGGGGUUGGUUUGUUGUUUUUUGUUUUUCCCUUUCCCUUUUGUACAUACAUGCUUGUACAUAACAGUCUCACUGUAGAUAUCAAAGCUUUGGAUUGCUCGAAAGGUGUAUUGAUUGAAAUCUCCUCCCCCCGCCCCCCUUUUGGUUUUUCAUGUUUUUUGAUAUGAGCGAGGCUCGGAAUUCCUGCGUUUGAGAGGGAGGGGUAAGGACUGGGGGGGGCUGAGGUGGAGGUGUCUUGGCGCAGUGCAGGAGAUCCUCUCUCUCUCUGUGUACAUUCCUGAUUCCGUCAGAGCACCUUCAAUAAAGAGACUUUUAUUUUA